AUGGUUUCCUUGGCUUUGGCUUUUUCGCUGAUGUGUCUGGCAAGAAGCUUUGCGAAAGAACUUGUGAGAAAGGAGACGGUGGAGCGCAUAGCUCCAGCUGAGGAAGAGCUACCAGAACUCUGGUACUCCCCUUACGGAGAGAAGACCCACGUUUCAGGAAGAUGUCAUGGCCUCAGGAACGCAACCAGUGUACACCGAGUACUACCAUGCAAGUACUGCUGCCCCAACGGACUUCGAUCCCGAGAACAACGCACCUUCGAGUACAAGAGAACCUUUUUGGAAGCAGCAGGAAAGUACCUUUGGCUAAAAGUCUUCAUGGUUGUGGUUCUCAUGGGCAUGUCAUGGUUCAUGGUGUUUGAAGUGAACGAGACCUACGGCUACCCGUUGGCCACGAACCGCAUGCUGAACUACAAGAACAAGGUCCUCACCCUCGACAACAAGAACCCUAAGAAGAAGCAUGUGAUAAAGGAGAUUACCCCAGCGGAUGUUAUCAACGUCACGAGCUACCUCAAGAAGACGAACGUGUACUCCGAGUUCUACAAGAACAGAAGAAAAAGAACAAAGUUGCAACUACAGUUUUCAUGA